AUGGCCAACACACUGAGACCCUGGUUGAUCCUUGUAGUCCUCGUGCUGGUUUGUCUGGGCACUUUCACGGAUGCCUACUUUACCAAGCCGGUGAGCCCCGACGACAACGCGCCUCCGGAGGAAUGGGCCAGAUACAACACAGCGCUGCGACACUACAUCAACCUCAUCAAUAGACAGAGGUACGGAAAGAGGUCUGCACCUGAGUCAGCUCUGGGGUGGUUGCUGUUCAGAAAUGAGUCGGAAGGCGAUUUAACACAACGUUCGGAUGGCAGUGAUCUCGGAUAA